AUGGCGGCUCUUAUCAAGCAGCCCCAUGCGUGGCAGCACACGAUAGGUUCCGCGUUUGCAGAGGAUCUUCCCGAGCUUGGUCUCGCCACCAUUGACGGUCUGGUUGAAGCGAGCCACAUCCCAGCCCAACAACAUAUUUUCAUCCUCCUCUACCUCGUUCUCGAGCCUCCACAGGCGCAAGUCGACACUGCCCCGCACGCCCUCACACUCCUGUACCGCCUCCUCGACAUCCACGAAGCCAGCACGCUCACGCCGCUCAUCCCGUCCCGCUCGUCAUCCUGGGCGACGUGGUGGGCCAACUGGCAGCCAGAGGGCAAGCUCGAGCGCCGUGUACGCCGGCGCGUGGAAGAGUGCAAACACGACGGCAUCUGGCCGUUGAUCUGGGCCCGCGAGCCGCGCGAGUCCAAGCCGAGUACGAGGGGGACCUCGCGCGACAAGAGUCGAGCCAACUCCAAGGCCAACUCGUCCGAAGAGGACGAAGACGAGGAAAUGGAGGAAGAGGAGGAGGAGGAAGAAGUAGUGGCGGAAAAGGUCGUCUCGGACCGUGGAUGGGAGGUGCUCGAGUGGCUAGUGGCUCUGUGGGAGAAGGACGCCGUGACCUCGGCAUCUGGCCGCUCCGAGGCCAUGGUCGCCCAACUUGGUGGACCACCAAAGCACGACAUCCCACGGGACAAUGCCGAUGUGCCCCUCGCCAUUAUCCGGCAAGCGUUCGACGACUCGGGCCCCUCCUCGUUUGCCGACACGCUCCGUCACCGGUCCUCUGCGACGUCCCUGCUCGCCCUGCUGAUCGGCGUCGCGACGCCGCCGUUGGCGCCCUUCCACCAGGCGUCGCUCGUGUUCUCGCUCGUCCAGCUCCUCCGCACCGCUACCACCCCUCUCGUCGCGGCGUUCAAGACACUUCCAUGGCAAGCACACGCACACGUGUUCGCGCACGCGCUCGAGGAUGCCGCGGGAGUGCGCGCAAAGAACGAAAAGGCGCGCAACACCAGCCGCGCACGUCGCGGAGGGCAAGUCGAGCAAAAGGGGUGGGAGAAGGGCCCAUGGUCCCCGCCUACGCCCGAGUACGCGCUCGACCUCGUGGCCUUGCCGCCCGCGGACAGGUCGGACGAGACUGCUGAGCGUAUGGGUCUGCUGGGUGCCAGCCUGGUCAUGCGGCUCGUGGCGAAUGUAUCCGACGGCAGCGGCUGGGAACGUGCGGGCGAAGACGAGUACUUGGACGGUGUGUCCGAGAGCAAGGUGCUCUGCGCGACGCUCAAGGUCGCUGCAAGGGCAGCGUGGGCCACUCCCGCUGCGUCGCCUCCGCCUCUCGUUCCGUCGUCUCAGAGUCCGUGA